CACGUGAAAAUCACAAAUAUAUUUGUGGAUCUGAAAAUCAUGGAAAAAAUCAGAUUUUCCCACGUUUCGCGAAUGCAGCAUAAUACCCGUUGGCAUACCGCAGACACUGGAGCCACGGCAUCUAUACGUGUCUACGAUCGAAACGUUCCUGAAUAUGACGGCGUAAGAAGCACUUCCGGGUCGGUUUCGAACCAGUGAGGAGCUACCAACAAUUUAUGUGAAAUAUUUCAUGUAGUGGUCGGUUACUUUUGUUUGCUUAGCAGAAUAGGUUUUAUGGUGUUGCUGCCGACUUAUUUAUGAUAUAUUUGUUGUUUGUCCUCUCGGCCGAACAUGCGCGCUCCGGUGCGCGCAUUCCUCGUUUGUGUGUGUAUGAGCGCGGUGGCACCUCAUCAAUUUACCGAGGAAGAGAUGCAAGAUGUCAGACAACGAAUCAAAGGUAUGUUCUACCAUGCCUACAACAGUUACUUGGACAAUGCCUUCCCCUAUGAUGAGCUUCGCCCCCUGACGUGUGAUGGUCAGGACACUUGGGGCAGUUUCUCGCUGACGCUCAUUGACGCGCUUGAUACCUUGCUGGUGCUGGGAAACCAAACUGAGUUUCAGCGUGUGGCAUCACUUCUCCAAGACACAGUUGACUUUGACAUUGACAUCAAUGCUUCCGUCUUUGAGACCAACAUCAGAGUGGUGGGGGGUCUGCUGUCUGCCCACUUGCUCUCAGGCCGAGCCGGAGUGGAGCUGGAGCCCGGGUGGCCAUGUUCCGGACCACUCCUGAGGAUGGCUGAGGAUGCUGCUAGAAAACUGCUACUCCCUGCGUUCGAGACUCCCACUGGAAUGCCAUAUGGCACGGUCAACCUGCUGCGGGGCGUCAGUGCCACAGAGACAUCCGUCACCUGCACCGCUGGCGUGGGAACCUUCAUCCUGGAAUUUGCCACACUGAGUCGACUGACGGGCAAUGCCACAUAUGAGGACACUGCACGCCGGGCACUGAGGGCUCUGUGGAAGACCAGGUCGGACAUCGGACUGGUGGGCAACCACAUUGAUGUGGUCUCCAAAAAGUGGGUGGCUCAGGAUGCCGGCAUCGGCGCCGGUGUCGACUCCUACUUUGAGUAUCUGGUGAAGGGAGCCAUCUUGCUGCAGGAUGAGGAGUUGCUGCACAUGUUUGAUGCCUACGAUCGGGCCCUUGAGAACUACACGCGCUUUGAUGACUGGUACUUAUGGGUGCAGAUGCACAAAGGUACUGUGUCCAUGCCCGUUUUCCAGUCCCUUGAAGCCUUCUGGCCCGGCCUGCAGACUCUGCUAGGCAACCUGGACGGUGCUGUCAGAACCUUCCAGAACUAUUACUCAGUGUGGAGGCAGUUUGGAGGUCUGCCUGAGUUCUACAGCAUCUCUCAGGGCUACACCGUGGACAAGAGGGAGGGAUACCCACUCAGACCUGAGUUGGUCGAGAGCGCCAUGUACCUGUUCAAGGCGACAGCCGAUCACACGUACCUACAGCUCGGCCUGGACGCUGUCGAGUCUGUUGAGCGGAUCGCCAAGACGCCAUGCGGCUACGCCAGCGUGAAAGACCUGCGAGACCAUCAGCUGGACAACAGAAUGGAAUCCUUCUUCCUGGCUGAGACUAUCAAGUACCUGUACUUACUCUUUGACCCGACCAACUUCCUGCAUAGUAGUGGCACAGAGUCAUGGGUUGAGGGCGGAGAGGAUGGCCAGUGCAUCCUGAGUUCGGGGGGCUACAUCUUCAACACGGAGGCCCAUCCGCUGGACCCGGCAGCGCUCUACUGUUGCAGCCGUCACGGCCGUGAACAACAGGAGCUCCGCGACAUCCUCCUCGGCCUAUCACAUCCUGCUAAGGAACAUAGUGGACGCUCAAAAGAGCCUUCGCUGCAUGGCCAAUCAGACAGCAUCGCUCUGAAAGCGGGCGAGCGGAACACGCCCCCCCUCCUGUCCUGUCCCGUUCAGCCUUUCAGCGCUCGACUCGCCGUAUUGGGACAAGUUUUCACCGAUAACACCUGACCUUGUGUGUCAUGUGAUUUACUGGCUGUGUCUGUGGUUACUAAAUGAAGACUACAAUAUAUUUUUAUUUAUGACCUUGUGUCACAUCAUCUUUGUUUACUGAACAUCACCAUGAGGGGGCAGCGUUCACCAGGAAAAAAACGUCUAAAGUUGGCUGACUAUAGAAGCAUCCGUCCAUCCAUUUUCUAAUUAGCUUAUCCCCACAAGGGUCGGAACGUGCUGGAUUCUAUCCCAGCUUUCUUUGGGCAGUAGGCCGGGUACACCUUGAACUGUUUGCCAGCCAAUCGACUAUAGAAGCGUUCUGACCUCAUAUGAGACACGCCCUCAUCUUGUCUUCUCAUUUUCCACUGCUUCCCAUGUGUCAUUCCCUCAGUUACCAUCCUAUGCGUUUCCAUGCUUAUCUUGUGUCCGCCUAUGGUUUUAUGUUAUCUUAAAUAUUCACUUAUUUUACUGUAAACAUGCAGUUCAACAACUGUACACUGCACGCAUGUUUGUAUUUUUUUUUUUGCACUUGAAAAAAAUUUCAAAUCACAAAAAAAUUGGAACAGAGAGAACUGAGAUAUUUGGAUUUUACAUUUGAAAUUUUGACCGUUUCAUAUUUGCUUUGAGAACCGGUUGUUGUAUUUUUCUCCUUUUUUAUGUGUUAUCGGUGACACACACAAAUGAAUGGUACAAGUUGAUCUGUCUUACCAGGAAUCAGAAAACUGUUGAUACAAAUAUUCAAUUCCGUAAGGCGCAGCUCGUGCUUCACUUGCAAGUGUACUCCUUACUAUUCUCUUAAUUAUCCUUGAUGAAAGUGUCCAUUUGUACCCUUAUCAGAGAAAUUUGGAAGAGAUGUAUUCAUAAAUGCAUCCUGUUAGGACCCACAAUGACACCGAUAUCACACAAUA